AUGUUCACCGGCGUGGCACGUCGACGGUGGGGCUGCUCGAUGCUCUGCUUCGGCAAGGUCAAUGUUCCUGAAACGGCUGGCAUCGGCUAUCGCAACCAGUGGAAAGCGCAUGGCCGGCAUGUUGCUCUGAGCGCUCCUGAGGAUCUCGGCAGCCGGGUUGCUUUGGUCAGCGAUUUCCCUUUUCGGCAUGUCCAGCUGUGUAAGGGUCCUGCUUCCACCAGGCACGUGGCGGGACUCUUCAAUUUGCGAUCCCUCCCUGAGGAUGAUUCUUCGCUCCCUGCGAGCUCCCGGAGUGCCACUGAUGAAACCAUCCUGGUGGUGGCCUUUUAUGGCCAGGCCGGCAACGAGCCAGUUGCCCAGACACAAGUGGAUGAGGUUUUGGAGUGUGCGGUUGCCUCGGGUUAUAGGUUUGUGGUUUUGGGCGACUACAACCUUGAGCCUUCCCAAGGCCGCUUAGGAUCGCUAAUUUCGCAAGGCACCGUGCUUGCUGGUGAUGAAUGUGCGCGUGGCCGGCCCCUUCCUGCCACGGGCCCGGUCAAUGCCCAAGGAGUGCGCUCUCGUCGCAUUGAUUUUGCUGUUAAUCAUCGUGACUUGCCUGCGGUUUCUGUGGAUCACUUUACGUGCGAUUUUUCGGACCACUUGGGGGUACACUACUCGUAUGCCCUCGAUGCUCCUUGCCCCUUGGUUGGGCCUAAGCGAUGUAAGCCUCGUGAUGAUCUCCAGUCUUCUGACUUGGAGUCCAGAUGUGCUCAAAUUGAUGCUGGCCCUUUUGCGAGCGCCUUGGAACAGAAUGAUUUGGACGGGGCUUGGCGCUUCUUGUCGAACACCGCCGAGCUUCUGCUGUGUGAGCCGUGCUCUGCAGAGUGCGUUCCUCGUGCGUCUUCCUGGGAGCCUGUCGCCCACAGUGCCGCGGGGCGGACUGGCAAGCAGCUUGUGAAGUCGGAGAGCCUGCGCCUUUUGCUGCGACUCCGUGCGAGGCUUCAGGUUCUUUCCCACCGGACGAACGAUGCUUUGCUGGUGGCGCGAAUCAGGCGCUCACUCCGGUCCACGCGCUUGAAGGUGCCCAGCCUGCCUUAUGCCCGUGAUGGCGAUGAGCUCUCUCUUCUUCCACAUGUUGCACAGCUCAUCGAGACUUUCACGCAGCAGGAGGAGGAGGCAAGAAAGCAGAUGUGGCGCACCAGGACGCGUGCUGACCUGCCUCGUGCCCGGUCUUUUGUUAAGCGGCGCGCUGAUGAGCAACUUGCUUGGGAGCGUCAGCUUCCGGAUGUUGCCAGUCCGGGCGACCCUGCACAUCCGGCGGUCGCGGUUGCAGCUGUGGCGAAGGACCUGCGGGCGAAGCUCUGUCCCGCGUCCUUUCGGGCGGUUGACAUGCAGGCCAUGCGUGAUCUGUUGCGGCCCCUGCCGCGCCCCGCAAGCACGGAGGUCGUGCCUAACAUCACGCCGGAGGCUCUCCGACGCUCAAUGCAGUCCAUGCGGCACCGUGCUGCCGGGCCGGAUGCGUGGAAACCUGGGCUGCUUUGUUCCAUGCCUGAUCUGUGGUGGGAGUGGACCUCCCAGCUGUGGAAUCGGUGCCUUGCUUGUUGUGACGUCCCCGCCCAGUGGGCGCAGGCACGUGUGGUGAUGAUUAAGAAAAUCAAGGGGGGCUUCAGGCCGUUAACCGUCUCUCAAGCUGUCUGGCGUGCGGGAGCAAGGAUUUUGAAUGCCCAACUUUCCGACUGGAUAGGUUCUUGGAGGUCUCCGUCGGAUGCCGGUGGCAUCCCGGGCACGUCGGUGUCGGGUGCCCUGCUUCAGCUGAAUGCUGCAAUGCGCGGUGGUGCUAAUGUUGCGGUACAACAGGACAUUGCGGGGCUCUUUGAUGCCAUCCAGUUUGAAGCCCUAGAGGUCCUCCUUUCUCAUCUGAACGCGCCGCCUUUUCUUUGGCCGCUGCUGAAGGCCUUUUACACGCGAGCUUCGCGCAUCGUCCAAUUUGAUGGUGCAUACAGUGAUGCCUGGUUUAAGCCCCGCUUGGGUAUAGCUCAGGGUUGUCCCUUAAGUCCCACCCUUGCUGCCGCAUUUAGCCACCUUUGGACCUUGGCUGUGUUGAGGCAAGGGGUUUCAGGCCUGGUCUACUUGGACGACCGUUCCUUCUGGACUUUCUCUGCGGAUCUUGGCGACCUGGAGCAUGCGAUUCGGCGCUCCGACCGAUUCGAUGCCACUUGUGGUCUUGAAAUUUCCCUGCCAAAGUGUGCGAUCGUGGCGCCAGAGGGUCAUGUCGAGGCCUCUGCUCUGGCUGCCCGAUUCAACUAUCAGUUUUCGCAAACCCUUGAAGUUUUAGGUGUCACUGUUUCCUUUAAUGAUGAAUGGGGCUUGCUGAAAUUUUCCUUGAGAAAAGCUUUGCUGCGCAUGGACCUUUUGCGCUGGGUGACCGUUUGCAGUCGACUGCGGGCCCUCAUGCUGAAAUCGCUUGUUUACCCGUGCUUGGUGUGGGCCGCUGCCUAUGCUACGCCCCUGGCAGGCGAGAUGAAGCAAGUUAGAGAUGCUGCGAUUCGAGUUUUUGACUGUCAAUUUUCCUUUGAAGCCCCGCGUGUCCUGAUCUUCGAACAUGUGGGGUGGAUGCUGGAGCCACAGUGCGCUGCUGACUCUGCUGUGCUCCGCGAGGCCUGGCGCCUCCUCUGCAAGCCUCCGGCCUUUGCUCUGGAACAGCCGCGUGAUGCCCGGGGCCAGCGCUGGGAUCAGCUUUUGCCUGCUGUGCCUGGCCUCCUUCGUAAAUUGAGGUGGAGCGUCGUUGAACGCCCUGACGGCUUCUUCUUCGCCAGCCGCGAUGACUUGGGGAUCUCUCGUGAGGUGCAGGUUGGAUGGGAGAGCUUCGCUGAGGUUAAGGGCUGGCUGUUUGACCACUACCGGCACCUUUACAUGCAGAGAUGCCAGCGAGUCUGGCGGAGCUUUCAUAGGCCGGACCCGAGCCUUGCACGAGGCCUGGAUCUUGAGCCUCCGUUGCGGGAUGCGCGCUUUAGCUUUCGUGGGCACCGUGUUGCCAUGCAUGAGGCGACCACUCCUUAUAUGAGACGGGCUGCUGCUGUCACGGGAGGCUCGUGCUGGUUCUUUACGGCCGGGCAGGGUUUGAAUGAGCAGCACAGGCGCAUGCAGUGCCUCUGCGGCGCGACUGCUCCGUCGCGACCGCAUGUGACCUGGGUUUGCGAGUGCACCGAGGCGCUCCGACGGGACCACCCCCCUCCGACGACUCGAGCGGAGGAGCGAAUGUUUGCAAAGUCGACUCCCUUGAAACCUCCGGCGCCUGCCUCCUCCGACUGUGGGGCUUUUCGGGCGGACUUAGAUGCUGCUUUCCGUGCUGCGCUCGGCUCGGGCCGGAGCAGGAUUUAUGCGGCUACUGAUGGCUCCAGCCAUCGUUCAGUCGGUGCUUAUGCGGUGGCGAUCGGCGAUCCGUCUUGUGUCUAUGCCAUGGGCACUGGGGCAGAGGACCAAUCCCCGUAUCGGCAGGAAGUUCUGGCCCUUCACGCGGCCUUUGCUUCGGUCCACCGGGUGUGGAGUGAGGGCUGCGAGACAUGCAUCUUUAUCUUGACCGACUGCAAAGCUGCCCUGACGGCCAUCUCGGGCCAUGGUGAUGAUCUCUUUACGUUGGGUCUCUUGCUGAGGGACGCGCGCCGUCUCUGGAAGGAGCUGGAGAGGCGCGGCUGUGCUAUCUCCUUGAUUUGGGUACCGUCACAUAAUAAGCACCCCCGCUGGAGGCCUUCGCCGGAUCACGAUGCGGAUGUGCUCCGCGCCUUUAACCAUGCUGCAGAUCAGGCGGCGGGCAACUGCAUGCAAAACAGGCUCUCGGGCUCUCUCAGGGAGCGAUGGCAUCAACAGUGCGAUCAGGUUCGGGAUUGGGAGCUGACUACCAUCCGGCUUGCGGCAGCUGCUGCCGAGAAGCUGGAUAAACAUGUGAAAAGUGUUCCUCUUGAUGAUGCUGAGCCCGAAGGGGCUGAGCCUUGA